CAGAAGAAGACGAAAGAAGAGCUGAUGCUUUGAGCAGUUCGAUGUUCAUCAUGAGAGAGCAGGUGGAUGUGAUUCACGCUGGAGAACAGCAGAUGCUGCAGACACCAGUGCAGAUGUGUUCAGUGAAGCUGCUGGACUGCAGGAACCUGAUGAAGAUGGAAGGAGAAAUCAAACUAGAGGAUCAACAGAGUGAUGAUGAUGAUGAUUUUAUUCCUUCAGAGCUGAUGGAAGUGAAAGAGGAACGUCAUGAGCUGAAUGAAGUGGAAGAGAAACAUCAUGAUUUCAGAACUGGAGAAAAAUCUUUGAGUUGCUCUCAGUGUGGAAAAGGUUUCAAAGAUAAAAGAAACCUUAAUAAGCAUACAAUGAUUCAUACUGGAGUGAAGCCUUACACAUGCCAUCAGUGUGGAAAAGGUUUCACAAGUAAAGAACAUUUUACUGUGCACACAAGAAUUCACACUGGAGAGAAGCCUUACACGUGUCAACAGUGUGGAAAAGGUUUCAGACGUAAAGAUCACCUUAAAAUUCACACAAGAGUUCACAAAAAGAAGUCUUACACGUGCCAACUGUGUGAAAAAGGUUUUGCAUGUAAAGAAAGUCUUAAUCUGCACACAAUAAUUCACACUGGAGAGAGGCCUUUCACAUGCUCUCAGUGUGGAAAAGGUUUCAAAACUAAAAGAAACCUUACGAAGCACACAAGGAUUCAUACUGGAGAGAAACCUUACACGUGUCAACAGUGUGGAAAAGAUUUCAGAUGUAAAGAUCACCUUAAUCUGCACACAAGAGUUCACACUAAGCUUUACAUGUGCCAACUGUGUGGAAAAGGUUUUGCAUGUAAGGGAAGUCUUGAUAUGCACACAAGAGUUCACACUGGAGAGAAGCCUUUCACAUGCUCUCAGUGUGGAAAAGGUUUUAUAGACAAAGGAAGUCUUAAUAAGCACACAAGGAUUCAUUCUGGGGAGAAGCCUUACACGUGUCAUCUGUGUGAAAAGAGUUUCAUCGAUAAAGGAAGCCUUAACAAGCACAGAAGGAUUCAUACUGGAGAGAAACCUUACACGUGUCAACAGUGUGGAAAACGUUUCAGACGUAAAGAUCACCUUAAUCUGCACACAAGAGUUCACACAAAGUCUCACGCGUGUCAACUGUGUGAAAAAGUCUUUGCAUGUAAAGAAAGUCUUGAAGUGCACACAAAAAUUCACACUGGAGAGCUGACCUUUUAUAUGCUCUCAGUGUGGAAAAGGAUUCAAACGUAGAGGACGCUAUAAUCUGCA